CGGUAGCCUCUCCCUCUUAAAUACCGCACAUGAGAGAGAGAGAGAGAGAGAGAGAGAGAGAGAGAUGGAAGGAGCGACGCUAUCAAAACCGUUAAUCCUACCAGCUUUCCGGGCAGAAGAAGUCCAUUGUACUGGAAGAGCUUUUAGCUCCAGUUUGAGUGCAAGAGAGAAGAAGCUAGUCUGUGUGACCAGUGGCAAUUCUUGCUUGGGUUCUCAUAUAGUGAAGGAGCUCUUGGCUAACGGCUACCUUGUUCGAGUCACCAUUCAAAACCCAGUGGAUUUUGAAGACAUUAAGGAACUAAUGAAAGAUGAAGAGAUAAACCAACUAGAAAGUGUUGUGGUAGCAAAGAUGCAAGAUUUGGAAAGUCUUUGUGAUGCAUUUAGAGGUUGUCAUGCUAUUUUCCACACCUCAUCUUUCAUAGAUCCGCAUGGAGUUUCAGGUUAUUCAGAACAUAUGGCAUUCCUGGAGACUGAGGUUGCAAGGAAUGUUAUUAAAGCUUGCAGUGGGGCAGCAUACAUGAGGAGGUGUAUCUUCACUUCUUCUCUUCUUGCAUCAAUCUGGAGUGAUGACAAUCUAGACAGAACUAUUGAUGAGGGUUGUUGGAGCAACGAGGAAUUCUGCAGAGAAAACAAGCUUUGGCUUGCCUUAGGGAAGACGACCGCAGAGAAGGCUGCUUGGGGGAAGUCAAAGGAAUUGAAAGUGAAGCUUGUAACAGUCUGCCCUGGCCUUCUUAUGGCUCCUUCGUUCCCCUAUGCUCACAAAGACACUUCUCUACCAUAUCUUAAAGGGGGCUCGGUCAUGCUACAACGAGGCAUACUAGCAACUGGAGAUGUGAAUAAGGUUGCAGACGCACACGUCCGCGUUUAUGAAGCUAUGGAUGAUGGAGCUUUUGGGCGAUAUCUUUGCUUUGAUAAGGUAGUGGAAAGAUUGGAUGAGGGCAUGCAGCUGGAAAAUGAAUUGAAGAGGCAUGGACUGCGGCCUGGAAGUGUGGUCUCAGCGGAAGAAACACGAGAAGUACACAGCAAGCUUUGUAAUUCAAAGCUAGCCAAAUUGUUACUUGAAAGCUCACAAUGCAAAUCUUGCAGACAGUGACCCAUUAGUCCAUCAUGGAUGAUAUAUGCCUUUUGCGACGCUAAUUCUUGACCUUUGUUGGGCUUCCAAGAGAUGUAAGAGCUUGCAACAACACCCAUUAGUUUCUUCGCUAGGAGGUCUCAAAUUCAAAUUAUGAGAGUGGGAAGUGAAACAAGUAAUGAGAAUUAAUUAAUACUUGUAAGCCAAUUAUGGUAUCUAUCAUAAUGGAGUGAAGUUCCCAUUCAUAAUUCUAUGAUGAAAAGAAGACUAAAUACAUCAUUUCAUACUUGAAUUUAAAUCAAA